AUGUCAUAUGUCAAUUGUCAAAAGGUUUUUGCUAGAUACCAGCAUGUCAAAGCACCUAAAAAUAUAUCGCAAAGUGUGGAUUUCACUAAAUAUUCACCAAUUCAGCCAGUAAAGGAUGGAUUAGCACCAUAUAUUUAUGAAAUCAUGAAGGCUUUCCCAAAUGGCUCCAGGUAUGUUAAUCAGCAACAUUAUUAUCAUAACCAGAUGACUUUAAUAAAAGAGUAUGCCAGUAAACGUCCACAUCCUGUAUCUUUGACUCAAUUAGCCCAAUACUAUGAUGAUUAUAAGGGUCUUACCAAAAAUAAAAUUAUCAAUUCAGGUCGAUUUGUUAAGGAAGAGUUAGCUAUAAGAAUUGCUGGUAAAUUAUUAGUCUUGCAAAAUCUUCCCUUUGAUGUUGUAAACAAUUUUCAUUUUGCACAAGUAUAUGAGUCUUAUUAUGAUAUUUUUGAAAGGUUUCGAAAAUUCCCAGCAAUUAAAACAUUAGAUGAUAAUUUGAAAUUUGCAGAAUUUACUAAGAAGAUAUUACAGGAUUUUAACUGUUUAAAUUUACCUCAUUUGAUUAUGGGUGCAUUGGAAUGCUCUAUUUUAGAUUUAUAUCCAGCUGAUAAAAUGGAUGCUCUACUGUCAGAGUUAUUAAGAGCUCGUAUUUCUAGGCGAUUGAUUGUUGAAGAACAUCUAAGUGUUACUGCAAACUAUAUGAGUGGAAAGAAGGAGAAUACGUUAGUCUUAGGCGAUAUUUUUCAAGAAUGUUCAGCGAUGGAUUAUAUUAUGGAAGCUUCAAAAACUUGUGAGAAAUUUAUUAAAGAUGUAUAUUUUGAUGAUUUGCCUAUGCCUAAACUCAUUGUCCAAGGGGAAACAGAUUUAAAAUUUUAUUUUUUACCGUCUCAUUUGAGAUAUAUGUUAAAUGAAAUACUUAGAAAUAUCUAUGAGGCAACAGUGAAAAAUUUUAUUCAAAAAGGACUUGAAACGCCUGCACCUAUUAUUAUUAGAAUAAUUAAAAAUGAAGAAAGCUAUAUAUUUAAAAUAUCCGAUAGAGCUGGAGGUAUUUUGCAUCCAAAUGAAAAUAUUUGGUCAUUUUCUAAGUCUAAAGAAAGAACCAAAGAGUCUUUACGAAAUUUCCAUCGACUACCAGGUCUUCAGACUGUAUCUUUGUAUGAUCAUAUAUAUCAGGAUAAGAUUAAUACUUUUGAAAGUAGUGGGUCGGAUGAGGAAACUUUAAAGAAUUAUAUUAUGACCAAGCCCUAUUUAAGAACUUCUUUGGAACCAAUAUCUCAUUGGGAUUUAAAGAGGGGUUCACUUAAAUGUCAAGCACCCUUACUCGAGAUGUCACAAAGAUCGUUUCGUUAUAAGCUUGGUAUAGGCCUCGCUAUGUGUAAAGUUUAUGCAGAAUAUUGGAAUGGUGAACUAUGUUUACAUUCUAUUCCACAGUAUGGUGUAGACACAAUUUUAAAAUUAGGAAAUUUAUUAACACACACAAAAAAAAAGCAGCUAGAUAAAGUUUAA